AAUACUCUUGUUGCUAUGCUCCAUGAGUAUGGGGGGAGAAGGCACAUCAGAUAUAGAGAUCUUGCUGGAUUCAUAUACGGAAGAUGGGCGUAUACUCUUACAUGGGCUCUACAAUACGUCAAUCUUUUCAUGAUCAAUACUGGCUACAUCAUUUUGGCCGGUUCAGCCUUGAAAGCUACUUAUCUUUUAUUCUGGGAUGAUCACACAAUGAAACUUCCAUAUCUUGUUGCCAUAGCUGGCUUUGUGUGUGCACUGUUUGCCAUUGGAAUCCCUACUCUUUCAGCUCUUGGAGUUUGGCUGGGUUUUUCAACUCUCUUGUGUCUAGCUUAUAUUGUUAUAUCAUUUGUGUUAUAUCAAGUAGUGCCAUUUCUAAAAAAAUAUGCAUUUUGUGGAACCAAACUCUCACUAGCAAAGUUACAAUCACUUGGAGGACAUCAAAAAUCCAGAUAA